AUGGACGAAGAUUUUAUAGGUAUCCCGGAUGGAGACUUCAACGAUGGCUACUCUUGUCUUAUGAAAGCCAUCGAAGACAUUCACAACAAUCCCGAACUCCCACUGUCAGUGACCGAUCACAUGUAUCUUCGAGCACUUGUAUCAGGUUUGACGAACCGUCGAGACUACGCCCAAUACGACACGUUGCAUCACUUCCCUGGUGACAACCCCCUCCCUCAUGCGAAAGAUUGUCCUUACCGAAUCAUCUAUGACAACUUGCACAAUUACCUCGCCGAUCAUCUCGACAAAGUCGCCCAAAGGAUAAUGUCACGCGACACAGAUACAUGGCUUGACGUGUAUCUUGAUGAGUGGGAUCUCUAUAACAAGGCUGCUGCACGUAUUGACCAUGUACUUAACCAGGUCAACACUGCGUGGGUAGAAGACUACAUCGUCGGAGGGAUUCGAGAGCGUUUCCCCAUCCACACUCUCCACUGUGUACAGUGGAAAAAACAUGUGUGGAGCAGGGUCGACUAUGAAAUCGUAGACGGAGUUCAGAAGGCGAUGCAGGACAACUGUGAGUAUGCAAGCCAUGUCCGUCGUUUCAUGAACAAGUCUGCGUCACGAAGUGUUGGCCAGAAAUGGAACGAAAUGGAUGAAACUUCCAAGAUCUACGAAUGCCUGGAGGCACCGUUCGAUUCAAUGAUCAAGGCUCAUGACCGAAGAGUCAACACUUUCAUCAAGUACAGGAACAUGUUGAGAAUAGUCAAUCGAGGGCGCCAUAAUAGACGCUAA